AUGAGAUCUACUGCUCGUGGCGUUGGGUUGCAUUUCACCCCCUCACAUUUACAGCCAUCCUUAGCAUCCCCCCACCACAAGCUACAGCAACGAAGACAUUUAAUUUUCUAAUUCUAUUCACCUGAGAGGUGCCUUUGUUCAUUUUUUCCCGUUAGAACAAAGCCGUAUUUACCUCCUGUUAAUACCUGCUUUGGAAACACAUCUAUUCUAAGAGAUGCUUUGCUUAAGGGAUUAUGUGGGACAAUGCCCCUCAAGGACGGGUGGUGCAAACACUGAGCACUGCCGACUGACUUUGCUAAGAAUGGCUGCAAGAUGUGAAACAUCCAAUGACCACAGCGAUAGAUUUCUCAAUCUCACAGCUUAACUCAGCUGAGCAAAAGGUGAAAAUGUGGAGAACCACACGCCGCCCAGAGCUCCACACAGACCAUCAUUACACAGCAUCAUGUGGUGACUGCAUUACUAUUGGUUUGACAUUUUAAUGCGCUGAGAGCUGUUUGUGAACACUAAGGAAUCAUGUGUGUUAUUGGGAGAGAUUACCGUCAUUCAACAGACAUCCUAUAUAGUACAGCGGAUAAGCACAACAAUUGUGCAUUUUAUGAGAAAAGCAUGACAUUUCUAGCAUAGUUAGUGCAUACCAUAAGGUUUAUUUUCAGAUGUGGAGGGAAGUCAGAUUUGACCUGUGAGGACAGUGAGAGGUCAAAUCCAAGAUGGCCGCCAGUCUCUUGGGUCAAAUGUUCAAACACGCUUAAUUUUGGAACCAAACAUUGUAGAAAAACAUUUAAGGUGUCAUAUCCAACUGAAUUAGGGAUGCCCAAUCAUUUGGUGAUACUUUUGAGAUCGCCAGAAUUCACGAAAAUGCAUUUAGGUGAAGAUAAAGGUAGAAAUUGACCAAAAAUAAGCUGUCAAUCAGUUGAAAUUUGCAAAAUUGUAAAUUAUUUAUCGUGUGUGUGUGCUGGUGGCAGAUGUGGCGCAGUUAUGUAUUGUGUAUAUCCAUGCUUCAACUAACUGGGUAUAGAUGCAUUCUCUGUAGAGUUAUAUGUUUUCUUGAGCCAUACAGGUAAAUAAAUCCUGGAUAAUUAUAUGUAGCUUAUGGUCCCGCCUUACCAAUGAUAUCAACUUAUCAUCAGCUAGAUAAAUGACAUCAAAGUAACAGUCAAAUCCAAGAUGGCCGCCAGUCCGCUGUGUUUAAUGUCCACGUCUUUUUUAAUUUUGGAACCAAACAAUGUAGAAAAUAAUUUAAGGUGUCAUUUCCAACUGAAUUGGACAAGGACAAGAUAGACAUUUAACAAAAAAUAAGCUCAGGUCAGGGUGGCUCUUCCACCAAGUCAGUGACACCUCUGCCAUCAGCCUACACAAUUGUGCCACCAGCAGCCCUAAAGACAAAGGUCUUCAGUGCGCCGGCUGUACAAGGUCCUGUGAGACCUCCCAACCUCCUGACUGCUGCAGCUGCCAAAGAAGAUAUGUAUGCAUGGCUCAGCAAAGUCAAGACAGCUGUUGAAAAGUCUACCAUGGAUGGCUGGAUAUCGUGGUCUGCCUACCACGCUGAUGCGCACCAAGCUGUCAUCCCACCUGCAGCAAUAACCGCACUAUUGCCUUUGUUUCUUGACAAUGCACACUCAGUGGCAAUGAUACGUCACUCCAUGGACAUCGUCAAGGCAGCAGUUCAGCACGUGAACCCUGGUCAGAUUCCUGUCCUUGCAGCUGACCAACCACUGUAUGCUCUUGCUAAGGAAGUCCAGUGGACCUGGCCAGCCACUUAUGGAGAGGAUCACUUUGUGAUCAUGUUCGGUGGUCUACACAUUGAGAUGGCCAUGUUGAAGUUGCUGGGAGACUGGCUGGAAGACAGUGGCUGGACGAACACCCUGGUACAGGCUGACAUUGCAAGUUCUGGAACAGCAAAUUCCUUCAUACAUGCCAGCCAUGCCAGCCAUGUCACCAAGACCCGCCAUGCGCACCAGCUCACAGCUGCAAGCCUUUAUACACUCCUCCAACAAGCUUACAGUGAAGACUGCACACCUGAUGACUCUAAUGCCAUGCAACCUGAUAGUCCGCCUUUUGAGUGGUGCAUACAGCGAGCAAAGGCCAGUGUCCACUUUGACUACUGGCUAAAGACCCUGUCAUUGGAGCUUCUCUUGCUGCGGUACAUCAGGUCACUUCGUGAAGGUAACUUCCAGCUGUACGUGAAAUCCCUGACACAGAUCAGGCCCUGGAUGUUUGACCUAGAUUACACACACUACUCCAGAUGGCUUUCCGUACACAUCCGUGACAUGAUGACUCUCGCUGAAAAACAUCCACAUGUCCUAGCAGAAUUCAAGUCUGGACAUUUUGUGGUACACAAAACCAGCAACAAGUUCUCCGCCAUGGCACUCGACCAGUGCCAUGAGCAGAACAAUGCAAUGGUGAAAGGUUCUGGUGGGGCUAUUGGACUGACUGGCAAUCCAGGAGCACUUAGACGCUGGAUGGUAGCAGGGCCAGACAUUUCCAGGAUCACUACAGAGUUUGAGCAACAGCAUAGUGCUAGUGACACUGGGCACCGUCAUCACGACCAGCAACCUGGCGUACAAGCAGCAUUUCUGAAGGAAGUUAAAGCACUUGUGACAGUGCUGGAUGAGAUGGGAAAUCCAUUCCUAGAACACAGCCAAGAUGUACUAGUCAUUGACACAAGGGACAUCAUGGACAUCAAAGUGGCUGAAACUGUGAGAAGGAUCGAGACCCUUGGUGAGGAGCAGUACACCACGUUUAUGAAAGAGAGGCUAGAACAGUGUACAACACCUGUCACACAAACACUUCCAAAGAACAAGUUGCCACUGUUCAGUAGGCCGCCGGUCAAGAUGAAGUCGAAACAAAAGGCACAACUUGCAGCACUGAAGAGUGACUGUGGUCUCUUUUUGUGGCUGUACAUCUUCUGUCAAACACGAGAUGGAGACAUCGACAAUUUCUUCUCCCAUGAAAACCAGGGAUCCCCACCAGCUCUGUCAACUGGAGGAAAAAUUCGGAUUGGGGUUAAAGCAGAUCUACUUCGCUGCCUAGAAUCAGAUCUGCUUGAAAACAGUAGUGUACCUAUGGCUGAUGCAACAAUUUUCGAUGGUGCAGCUGUGGUUCAAAUGUUAAAUCCUGGAACAUCAAGAACAUUUCAAGAGUAUGGAGAUAGAGUGUUUGCACCAUACAUCUCUGCUCAACUUGAGAAAAGCAGCUGCAUUGACUGGAAGGACUUUCUUCGAUGCAAUGAGAACAAAACCGACUUGUUUGCUUUCCUGUCUCGCAGAGUUGUUCAUCUUCCUCUCGCAGAGGGCAAGGAACUGUAUGCAACAGAUGGAAGUGGAGUUCUCUGCUCUCCUGCUGAGUCUUACUUAGCCUGCCUUGCCCCGUGUUCUCAAGAGGAGGCCGACAUUCGUCUACUUCUGCAUGUGGCAGAUGCUGUGCAAAAGGGGUGUAAGAAGGUGACCAUACGUACAGUUUAUACCGAUGUAGUGGUACUGGCUGUGGCUUCAUUCAGCAAAAUAGCUCCUGAUGAGCUGUGGGUUGCCUUUGGUGUUGGAUCAAGCUUUCACUACAUAGCUGUUCAUGAAAUUGUUGCCACAAUGAAUCCAACAAAGUGUCUGACUCUCCCAGUCCUUCACGCUUUCACCUUGGCUGGCAGAGGGAAGAAGACUGCCUGGGAAACGUGGAAGUCUUUCCCAGAGGUGACUGGUGCUUUCAAUGAACUCCUAUGCAUGCCAAGUGAGGUCAGUGAAGGAUCAAUGUUACUGCUGGAGCGAUUUGUGGUGCUGAUGUACGACCAAACCAGUGAGAGCAUGGAGGUGAAUGAUGCCAGGAAACAGCUCUUCACACAGAAGUCUAGAUCUCUAGAGCAGAGGUUCUCAAUUGUUUUUCAGCCAAGGACCCCUUACAAGAUAGAGAAUACACCAAGGACCCCCUCAUUCUGAUUUGUGAUUUUGGGCUAUAUAAAUAAAAAUUGACUUGAUUUGACUUGUAUGUCCCUUGGAAUAAUCUGACGUAGCCUAUUUUUUACACUUCUAUAGUCUUAGUUAUGUGAAAGAACAACACAAGAGAAAUGUAUUAGAAAGAUAUUAGAUAUGUAUUAAAAAUAUUUGCACCAUCUCAACACAGAAUACCCAUAAAACAAUCAAUCAAUUAGCUGCAAGUAACACUACCUAAACAAAAUAUCAAAGGGAAAUCAAGAGAAAAGUGAUCAUUUGAAGUACAUUUCAGAACACACACACACACACACACACACACACACACACACACACACACACACACACACACACACACACACACACACACACACACACACACACACA